AUGUUCGUCGAACUCUUGAAACAGCUUAAUAUUACCAUCCCUUUCACCGAAGCUAUUACACAUAUGCUCUUAUAUGCAAAGUUCCUAAAAGAAAUCUUAUCUAACAAGAAGAAACUUGAGGAUGAUGAGACAGUGACGCUUAAUGCAGAGUGCAGUGCUAUCAUUCAGAAUAACAUGCCACAUAAACUAAAAGGUCCUGGCAGUUUUUCCAUACCCUAUGUGAUAGGGAAGUUUGUAAUAGACAAAGCCCUAUGUGAUUUAGGGGCUAGUGUGAGUUUGAUGCCCCUUUCCAUUUGCGGAAGAGUCAAACUGGGAGAGUUAAGACCAAAGAUAAUAUAUCUCCAACUAGCAGAUCGUUCUGUUAAGUAUCCCAUAGGAAGGCUAGAGAACAUUCCCGUACAAGUCGAUCAAUUCUUUGUCCCUACCGAUUUCAUAAUAAUGGACAUCAAAGAAGAUUCUAACAUCCCAAUUAUCUUAGGAAGGCCCUUCCUAGCAACUGUCGGUGCCAUUAUAGAUGUGAAACAAGGAAAAAUGACUUUCUAA